AUGGCCAUUGACUACAGCAAAAAGACUAACGCGGAACUCGUCGAGAUCCUCAAAUCCCGCAACCUCGCCCACACCGGCAAGAAGGCUGAGCUAGUCGCUCGUAUCCAGGAGGAUGACACCAAGAACAACGGCGGCGAGGCAGCUCCCGCGCCCGCCACGAAAACCGACGUCGCCGACGACGUGAUUGACUGGGAAGAUGACGAGGUCCCGGCUGAAGGUGCUACGAAGCCGUCUACGGAAGCCGGUGCUGCGGCGAUCGCAGCCGGCGGUAAGGGCCAGGUGUCCAACCCGGCUGCCGUUCCGAACCAGAAACUCGAUACCGAUCCUGCUGCCACCGAUGACCUUAAGGUGGAGGCUGCUGGCGGGGAGGCCGGUAAGGAUGCUGCGCCCGAGCAGGCGGCUGAGGGGGCCGCCGCGCCGGCUGGGGAGGAGGGCGCGGCCGAAGCUGUUCAGGAGAAGCCUGCGCCGAACUUUGCUAAGGGAUUGCCUAUUACGGAGUUGGAAGAGGAGUUGAAGAAGCGCAAGGCUCGUGCUGAGAAGUUCGGGAUCACCGAGGAGUCUCAGGCUGCCAUCGCGCAAGCCGAGAAGAACAUCGAGAGAGCUAAGCGCUUUGGAACCGGCGCGGACGUCGAUGCUGGUGUUGGUGUCAAGGGGCUAGAUGAAGCUCUUCCGCAGGAGAAGACUCGCAAGAGGAGCCGGAACGAUGAGCAAGGUGGUCGCGGUGGUAAGCGACGUAACUUUGGGGGCAGAGGGAAUCGCCCUCGUCGUGGUGGUGGUCAGGGUGGAAACAGGAACAAGACCAACAACGGCGGCAGCGAGAAGCCGCAACAGAUGCAGUUGAGUGAGCAGGAUCGCGCAGCAUUGGAGGCAAGGAAGAAGCGAUUUGCUGCUGCGACAUGA